AUGACUAAAAGAGGUGGAAAAGCUAAGGUAUUAGCACCAGGAAAACUUCAAGAAGAACGAAAUCGCAUAAUUAACAAGAAGCAUAUCGUUAGGAAACCUGCUCAAACAACAUUGUCUAUGCAGGAUGCAUCAUCGGCACCAACACCAGCUCAGGCAGCACCGUCCGUGCAGGUUGCAUCGUCGAUGCCGACAUCAGCUUCGAAAAAAUCAUCUGUGCAGGCUGCAUCGUCAAUGCCAACACCAGCUCAGGAAGCAUCGUCCGUGCAGGUUGCGUCAUCAAUGCCAACAUCAGCUUCUAAAAAAUCGUGUGUGCAGGCUGCAUCGUUGAUGCCAACACCAGCUCAGGCAGCAUCGUCCGUGCAGGCUGCAUCGUCGAUGCCAACACCAGCUCAGGCAGCAUCGUCUGUGCAGGCUGCAUCGUCGAUGCCAACACCAGCUCCAACUGUAGUACCUGUUCAUGCCACUACCUCUGAGAAAUUCAGUUUUAUGCCUACUCCAACUUUAAGCCAUCAAACAAUGGCUGGCCCUCAAAGUAUAAACCUUCAAACAAUGGCUAGCCCUUCAAAUUUGGCAGAGGAGGAAGAUGUGGAUGCUGAUGAGGAUGAGGCGGUGGGUCAAGAAACUAUUACCCCUCUUGUGCCAACAAUAGAUGAGAAUGGGAAAGUUAUUAUAAAACCAUCUGGUACUGGGCUAGUUCCUGCCAAAGAAGUUGCUGGUGCCAUUAAUUUUGCUGCUGGGGGCCGUAACCGUGGUCGGGUUUAUGGCGCUGCAGAUUUAGCUAUUAAUCUAAAACGUGGAUCAAAAAGUUUUACCCAACAAUCUCAAACUCCUCAACACUCUAUGUUUGGGAUGUCAUUAGAAGCUGAAAGAGCAGCUAGAAUUAGAGUUGAACAAAUUGCCGAGGCUGCAACGACCCAAUUACAAGAGGCUAACGAAGCAAUGCGAGCUGCUACCGAGGCUGCAAAAGCUGCUACCGAGACUGCACAAAGGAUGGAGAGGGAGAUGAAUGCUUGGAAGGAAUUUAUGAUGAAGAAAUUUGACACUUCAACUUUUGUAUCACAUUCUCAUCAUUAUGAUGACGAUUUGGAUGAUCAAUCAUUAGAUGAAGAUUGA